CCUACGGGAAGGUGUUCCUGGUUCGGAAGGCGGGUGGGCACGAUGCGGGCAAGCUGUAUGCCAUGAAGGUGCUACGCAAGGCAGCGUUGGUGCAGCGCGCCAAGACGCAGGAGCACACCCGCACCGAACGCUCGGUGCUGGAGCUGGUGCGCCAGGCGCCCUUCCUGGUUACACUGCACUACGCCUUCCAGACGGAUGCCAAGCUGCACCUCAUCCUGGACUAUGUGAGCGGUGGCGAGAUGUUCACUCACCUCUACCAGCGCCAGUACUUUAAGGAGGCUGAGGUUCGAGUGUACGGGGGUGAGAUUGUGCUGGCCCUGGAACACCUGCACAAGCUGGGUAUCAUCUACCGUGACCUGAAGCUAGAGAAUGUCUUGCUUGACUCGGAAGGUCACAUUGUCCUCACAGACUUUGGGCUGAGCAAGGAGUUUCUGACGGAGGAGAAAGAGCGGACCUUCUCCUUCUGUGGCACAAUCGAGUACAUGGCCCCCGAAAUCAUCCGAAGCAAGGCUGGACACGGCAAGGCUGUGGACUGGUGGAGCCUGGGCAUCCUGCUCUUCGAGCUGCUGACAGGGGCCUCGCCCUUCACAUUGGAGGGAGAGAGGAACACUCAGGCCGAGGUGUCUCGACGGAUCUUGAAGUGCUCCCCUCCCUUCCCCCUCCGGAUUGGGCCUGUGGCACAGGACCUGCUACAGCGGCUGCUGUGCAAAGACCCUAAGAAGAGGUUGGGCGCGGGUCCCCAGGGUGCGCAGGAAGUCAAGAAUCACCCCUUUUUCCAGAACAUCUUGUACGCGGAUGACACUCCGGGAGCUCCGGUGAAGAUCAUCGACUUUGGGUUCGCGCGACUGCGGCCGCAGAGCCCGGCGGGGCCCAUGCAGACUCCUUGCUUCACGCUGCAGUACGCAGCCCCCGAGCUGCUGGCACAGCAGGGCUACGAUGAGUCCUGCGAUCUUUGGAGCCUGGGUGUCAUUUUGUAUAUGAUGCUGUCGGGGCAGGUUCCCUUCCAAGGGUCUUCAGGCCAGGGCGGGCAAAGCCAGGCAGCUGAGAUCAUGUGCAAGAUCCGGGAAGGGCGCUUCUCACUGGACGGGGAAGCCUGGCAGGGUGUGUCGGAGGAAGCCAAGGAACUGGUCCGAGGGUGCCUGACAGUGGACCCCGCCAAGCGACUGAAGCUGGAGGGGCUGCGAAGCAGCUCGUGGCUUCAGGAUGGCAGCGCGCGCUCUUCUCCUCCGCUUCGGACGCCCGAUGUGCUGGAGUCCUCUGGGCCAGCUGUGCGCUCUGGGCUCAACGCCACUUUCAUGGCGUUCAACCGAGGCAAACGCGAGGGCUUCUUUCUGAAAAGCGUGGAGAAUGCGCCUCUGGCCAAGAGGCGCAAGCAGAAGCUCAGGAGCGCAGCCGCCUCCCGCCGCGGCUCCCCAGUGCCUGCCUCCUCCGGUCGCCUAUCAGCCUCUGCCACCAAGGGGGCACCCCCCAGAGCCAACGGCCCCUUGUCCCCCUCCUAGCUCCCGCCACUGUGACCCCCUUCUCCUUAGGAGCUGUGACCCGCGAGCCCGGUGCUGCCACCAGACUUAUGCCAGUGGCUCCCACUCUGAUCCCCAGGAAUUGCCCUGCCCUCCCCACCCAGUCCCAGACAGAGCAGAAGUAUUUUUAUAAGCAGAGAUUUUUAAAAAAAUGUCUUACCAGAUAAGAGUUAGGGACACAGGGAAGCAAGUGUUGUGAGCAGAGUGGGGUUUGCCCACCCCCACCCCCCACACUGCCUCAUCAGGAGAGAAGGCCCCUCCCAGGGCCUACUCCACUAAGCAAGGGCAUCCUCUGCCAUUCUUAAGCACGCAGUUGCCAUGGGGAACAAAUCAGGAGCCCCCGGGAUGGGACACCCGUCAAUAUGUUGUCACUUUAUGGACCGUGUGCAAUUAUGUCCACCAAAGACCUGUGUUGGGAAUGAGAGAGAAACCCUGGGGAACCUCUAGAGCAUUACUGAGAUACAUCACUUUUAUGUCAGCUGGCUUCUCCCCUAGUGGGGCUAAGGAAGGAGGUAGGUGCUCCCUACAGGGAAGCCCCUUUCUCACUCACCCAUUCCUCAUGGGCACAGCUGCUUCUGGCUGCGGGUGGAGCCUUGGGGGUCUGGGCUUGGCAUCCACAGUCACUGCCUCAGCCCUUUUAGGCUGUGCCUUUGACUUUAAAAUAAAACUCCAUUCAGUUCUG